AUGGCAGCAUUGCUCAUGGCCAACAGCGAAAUUGUGUCUAACUCUAUCUCGGGAUCCACGGACCAUCUCUUCGUGUGCCUAUACGACAAGAACGAAAAGUUGGUCCUGACAAUCGAUUCUGGUCAAGUCUUCCAUUCGGUCUCGUUCGUAGCACACUCCGUCCGCUUCCUUCGGUUUAACGGCAAGGAAUGGUUCUUCCCCAACAACAUCACUCUGAAUCCUGGCGACAUGAUCGCCCGUACCCCUGUUCACUCUGGGACGAAGAACGUCAACGUGUUCUCUCAUGGCCUUCAGAUAACCAGCUUCACUCUUAUAGCCAGUCUGUCUUCAAACAUGAGCAAGACGGCUGAAGUAGCCAUGGUCACCCAUACCGACCCUUACUUGCACAAGACUUUUACUCUAGCUAAGCUCCAUGCGCUGAUGGGCAGCACUCGAGAUGAGUUCAAUGCCGAUUUGGAGGCGAGAACCUUCACGGAUACGACUCCAACAAAGAAACUCACUCGGGAACAAUUUGACCUGGUCAACAAGGCGAAUAGUACGGUGCGCCUUGAGGGUACAGCUAGCGACGAGAGUGAUCAAGACAUCUACGACGAAACAGCCAUGCUGUGUACGGCUGUCAGUACACGAGUGGCCGCAAUUGCGAUUUCUGCUCACCCUGAUCAGUGGGACAUCAGCGUCCCAGAGUGCCAGAUCAAGAUAAGAAAAGCAGUAGCGAAGAAGCUAUACAACUAG